AUGACGGCUUCUCCCUUGGCUAUGGCGUGGGCUGCCGCACACCUCAAGCGGCGCCGGCUGCCGUGCAAUUUUGUCACCGAGCCAACGGAGCGUGUGGACGUUCCGUUGCAAACGGAGCAAACUGAACGGCGUGCGGCGGCGUUAUCGACGAACUGCAAGCCCCUCUCAGAUGAAAUGCUCGCAGCACUCCGCCACCGCUCAAUCCUGCGCGGCCAAGAACGACAAUUGGUCUGUAGCGCUGACGAUUUGACGGGCUCUCUGGAGAGGAAUAACAGCGGCAGCGGCAACGCAAGCAACGAUGGCGGCGAAGAUUCUCACACCCAGCUGCAGCGAUCGUCACCACAGCGUGUGGCCAGCGGCGUGGCAAGGUUUGUGGAGGAGCAGGCUUCUCGCAUGGACUUUGUGAACGGUCCCGCGCAGGCGUGCUUUCUCCUCCACACUGCCCUCACUGCGUGCGUGCGGCAUGCGGUUCGCUACGGCCGCCUUGACUCACCGCACAAGAGUCCUCCACCCACAGCUGCUGGUCUGUGCCGGGAUGGUAAUGUCACGGCCUCCCCGCACAUCAACUUCUGCUGGUCGGCGCGUGUGGCCGCGCGUCAUGUGGCGGAGGUGGCGCAGCACACCGCUGUGCAGAAGCAACUCCGCUCGCUCCUGUGGAAGGUUGUGAACAAGGAGCACAAGCGUAUCGUGCAGAGUGCCGUCAGACUGUGCACGGACGAGGCUGCCGGUGCGGCAAGUCUCGGCGUAGAUGAGGCGGAGAUGCGGCGGUUCUUUGGCAUCCCAGCGGAGGUUGUCACCACAGCGCGUGAGUCGCUAGGCGCCGUAACUGUAGACGUGGCGCCAUCAUCCUCUUCACUACUGCCACGGCAACAGAAGGUGCAAGAGCAGCAACAGCAACUUGCUCUCCUGGGCAAGCACCAUUUCGCCUUUGCGACAACGUCCGCGCAGCUCGCGACAUCGCUCACAGAGGAGGUAAAAGGAAUGAGACAACCGGUGUGGAAGAACGACCCAGCAGAGGCGGGGCCAUCGUCGUCGGUCGACGUGUUUGUACGGCAACUGGGAAUGCUGGUUGUUGACAUGGCGCGUGUGCGAAUGGCGGUGGCGAUAUUGCUCCAGUUUGAGAUCGUCGCACGACGCUAUGCUGCAUUCGGCAAACAACAAGAGCAACAGAAGCAAGAACAGAAGCAGCAAGACAGGGUGGCGCUGGCGCUGGCUCAGGAACUGUGCACGUUGGCCGCGACAGCCGGGUCGCGCUCAGUGGAGAGAACGCUGCACCGCAAGCGCUUCUUGAUGUACUUCUGCGUCCACGUGCAAUCGCCGCAACGUGGCGUCGACGCAGUGGAUCCCAUUGAGGCACCACACGAACGUCUCAAGGACAUAUUUGCAGCCAUCUCCUGUACGGCAUCACACACUGAGGCAGCGGCCAAAGUGACAACGGGACCUGAUGGUAUUCAUCCUUCAUCUCCGUCAGCGGGCUCACCUCAUGUUGCUGCUGCUGCUGCUGUUUCUGCUUCUUCUAAUGCUGUGACCGCAGUGGAGGGAUUGGAGGAGAAUGAUCCACUGCUGCAGGUGGUGUUGUCCGCCGCGCCGAAACGGAAGAACCCCACACCACGCGCCGCGCCGGCGACGGCGAAGAAAGGAACAAAGGCAACGGUGGCUGUGGGGACCAAAGGGGCGCAGCUGACGCCGGCGACGUGGCACUUCCGGUGUUGUAGCGCACCGUCUGUGAAGCAGCUGGACGCCGUGACUGCGGUGCCGUGCAGCGAGGACGACGCGAAGGUGCAGGUGCUGCGCCCAUCGCGCCUGGUCCCGUGGCCCUUCACACUCGAGUUUGAUGAGGCUGACACCAACAGCAGUGGCGAAAGCCGCAAGAAUAAUGACUGUGCGCCGUCGCAGCUGAAUUCUCAACGUGAGCCGUACACGUUGCUCCGUCCCGCUGCGCUGCGGAUGUGUUAUGAUUCCAAGUGGGCUGCCACUGCAGGAGUCACGGAGCGUGAUGCUCAGCACGCGGCACAGCUCCAGCGACUUCUCACACGACGCAGUGGGCAGCUGCUGCUGGUGAACGGCUGCCCUUGCGAGAGGCUCAAGUCUGUGAUGCGUAUGACGCAGCGAGAUGUGCGGCUGGUGUUGCGCUUCCGAUAG